CCCACCAUCCCUCCCUACCGUUUAUCGUUCUUCAAAGCCUUGGGCACAUUUUGCGAUAACCCAACUACGAAUAUAUACCCAUUUUCUUGAAGCGCUCUCGAAAAUACAGCCGCUAAAAUGUCUAACAUCGAGGAAAUCGCCAAGCAGUUUGUCAAUGGCUUCUUCACGGGAAUGAGCACAAACAUCCAGGGCCUGGCUGCGGUCUACAGGCCCGAGUCCGUCCUCACUUUCGAGUCUCAGAAGUUUGAGGGUGCCGAGGCCAUUCUGGGAAAGCUGACCAGCCUCCCCUUCAAGAUGAGCGGUCACCAGCUCUCCACCCUUGACGCCCAGCUUGCCUCUGGCGAUCUCCUGAUCCUGGUUACCGGAAAGCUCAAGGUCGACGAGGAUGAGAACCUGAUAAACUUUGUCCAGAACUUCAAGGUCAGCGUUACCCAGGGUGCCGGCGGCGAAAUCACUGGUUUCGUCGUCAAGAACGACAUCUUCAAGCUGGUUUACUAGGCUAUGAAUUUGGCGAAAGGAAACGAUACUUGUGAGCGAAGACAGGGUAAUGUUUGGUUUGGUGAUACAAGAGCUCCAUAAGAUGAAGAUAAGGAAGCAGGCUCGGAGGGGAGCAGAUAAAUGGCUAGAGAUGUGUGUUAUGUAUUCUCAUGUCUACGAGUCAUCAACUCUUUAGACAGAUUUCUUCCCAAAAAAAACUUCAUAAGCUUUUCAGGCAUAUAGUCGAAACCAAAUUUCUUGAUUUCCCUCG